ACACGACGUGACUGAAGAUAAAAAAAAAAAAGACCGGCGGCUGCAAGAACGAAGCAGCCCAGCUAUGGAGGAAGAGAAGCCCAGCGCUGCGAGGGACGGCGGGGAGAGUCCGAAAGCAGCAGCUGAAGACACAAGGACGCACAGCGCGGUGGCAGCUGCACAAAAUGGCGAACAAGCACAAGGCGAGGAGGUGGACGCCAGGAGAGCGGGCUUCAGGCGCCGCCACAGCAGCACGAGCAGCGAGCCCGCUAAAAUAGAGGGCGGCGGCAAGGGGGCUCCAUCUCCCGAAGAGCCCCCCAGGAAGCGCUUUCAGAUCCCAAGGAAGACCAAGAAAGGUGGUGCUCUUCAACCACUUAGUUCUGAUUCGCGGGAAUUUGAGGAGCUUUUGAAAAUUCUACAUGCCUCAUUCUUGGACGCAAAUUCUAAAAUGCAUUUCACUUACAAAUCUGCCCAACUGGUUCACAAUGAAUUCUUGGAGAAAGAGUUUACUGAAAAAAGAAGACAGUUGAAAUAUGAAGGUCGGCUAGAUAAAGAGCUUGCUGAAUCUUAUGGUUUUCUUUUGGUUGAUGAAAGCCAGAUGAAUAAUAUAUGCGAGAAAGGAUUGCUUGUGGGACAUUCAAAGCUAUCUACACUUGGAAAACCUUCUAUGGGGGUGUACUUGUCAAAGUAUGCUGACUUAUUGCAGGCCAACCCUUUAGAUGCCAGUACAACAGGCACCGUUUUCGUAUUUAAAGUUAUCAAGGGGAAAAUGAAAUUUGUGUAUGAUAACUUUAGAAAUAACCCGGAAGCAUAUUCUGGGAAUAAUGUUAGUUUGGAUCCAGUUCCUAAGCACGAAUGCCACAUCUUUAAGAACAUGAAUGCAGUUAAUGCGCUCCUGAGUUACAGGGCAUUUGAACGUACUCAGUAUUACUUCUAUGAGUAUGGCUUUGAUGAGAUUCUCAAGAGACCUCGACAUGUGUGUCCAUAUGCAGUUGUGUCCUUUGGUUAUAAGACUGAACAGGCUCCAAGGCAAUCGUUGUCACCUUUGACAGGGCCUGUAACCUUCAGCACAGAGCGAUAUAAUGACAGAAAUGGUUUUAUAUUGUGGAGAGGACAGCUAUUGUGUAAUGGAAAACUCUUGUGCUUUGCUUCCCUGAAGUCCACAAAUGGCAUUUUUUUGCCAUUCAAGCUACCAGAGAAGCUUGAUUUGGAAUGUAUAAUGCGACUGGAACAGAUUAAAAAGAGGAUUCCAUCAUUACUGUUCUACAAAGAAACUCAUAUGAAGUUUAAAGAAGUGAUGAAAGGUGGGAUAUAUAGUCGUCUCUGUGAAGUAUGUGACAAGACGAGAACGGGAAAUGAUUUCCAGAAAUUGUUACAGAAGCUGGAGAAAGAAAAACUAGCUUUGGUUAAACCACUGCCAGACAGAGGAUUCCUGUUCUUCUAUUUUCCAACGCCGAUGGGAUCUAUGUAUGGUAAUAGAAAACCUUACCCCCUGCACGCUCUCUUCAUCUAUCAGCAGUCCAGAGAGACUUUGCCACUGGCGUCACGCUUCAAAGUACAACCCACUUUAAUACCAGAAAACCAUGAAAUUAUGCCUGAGUUUAUGACGUUUCUUGGCGCUUUACACUAUGCCAUCCUUAAGGCUCAAUCAGACGUUUCGGACAACUUCAACACUGUUGUGGAGAAACAUGUGCACUUGUAUUUGAAAAGACGAGAAGAAGGAUCUUACAAGCACAAAGAUUAUACACUUAGAAACUAUGAACAGAGUUGCGAUGAUAAGAAAACCUUGUUUGUAGCUCCAAGGGAGAAGAGUGGGAUACUUCGAGUUGUUAAGAGCUAUCUGCAAGGGUCAGAUGCAUAUACAUUACUAGUAAAACAUGCAAAGGAACUGAUCAUGGAGAAUCGACGGGUUCAGCAGUUCAGUCCCAUCUCCGACUAUGAACCCAUAGAGGAUGAUCUCGAUAAUGGAAAAAGCACGAGCCGAGCAACUGUGAGUGAAAUGCACUCUGAUAAUUCAUUCUAUGAUCCAGACAAAGUGAAUUCCUUGUUAAACCUAAUUCAGACUAGGAAAAAGGGUAAUCUGGAAACAGAUGAAGCGCCAAGCAGUGGAGUGAAAAGAAAGCUUGAAACUAGUCCAGGAGCACAAUGGAAACAUCCAAAAUAUGAAGACUACUUGCAUCGGGACAGUCAUGAUCCAGAGGAAUCUGCACAUUCUUUAAUAUCUUCUCUUGGUGGUCAGGAUACAGAUCUGAGACAAGAGAACGAGGAGGAAAUCGAAUCAGAGCAGCUGUUGGCAGAUGCAGAGUAUUGUAAAGGGUUGUUUGAAAAACUUUCAAGCUCUGGCCUAUUGGACGCACAGUUGUUACCCGUCCAAAAGGCAACAAAUGAUGAGACUUCAAAUUUGGACUUGGUGGCGUCGGCUAGUGCUGCCCCUGAUGUUUCUACACAUGUGGAAUCUAUUGGCACAGCCCCUGACAUUGGUACACAUUACAUUGAAAGCACUUAUGUAGAACCCCAAAGUGAGAUUAUUCCAGAGAACAGUGCAGCUCUCGCCCCUCUUGCGGAUGAUGGCCUGGUUCAGAAUAUAGAUGAAGGCAGUGAUCCACUUCCAGUUGAGGAAAUGAUCCAGGGGCCAUAUUCAGGAUAUGCCAGUCCUUGUCCUAGCACACCUACUGAAGAAAUCUAUCAGCAGCCAAAUUCUAAUUCCAGCAAUGUGGAGACUGAAAUGAACUGGAAAUUAAUUCCAAUUACAGGAGAGGAAGAAAGUGUUCCUGAGGAUCAUGUUGGAUUUCUUAGAGAUGAGAACCAACAAGGCCUGAGUCUGGCGGAAGAACAAUCUGUGUACUCCCCUUUGAGGGAUACUUUUCCAGAUGAUCCACGAGUGCAUAACACCAAGAGGAAAGGCUGCGGGUACUCCCCACUUGCAGAAUACCAGAAAGGAAGGAGACGGUCAUCUCAGAAUGAAAGAGCAGCUUACAGUGACCGCACCACCAGGAAAGGACAUUGCUUUCUUAAAACAAAGCAUUGCCAGAAUGGGGUGAUUGAGAACACUGUGCAGGAAAUCUACACCAGUUUCUCGGAACGUCUGCAGGAAGUGUUACAAGAGAAGGACAUCUCCUAUACUGCAGUUACUAUGCCUGUUCUGUCCUCAGAAGAAAGGGAAGUCAGACUUUCUGAUUGGCUGUAUGCACAGACCUCUAGUAUACCUGUACAGCAGUAUAUAGAUGAACUGCGUGUUAAACUGGACAGUGUGGUGAACUCCUAUUUAAGCUCUCCUGAGAGGGGCAGGCCUAUGAAUAUGGAGAUUGAAAUCAAGGAAUCCAUGAAAUCCUUGCAUGCCAGUCCACGGCAAAACAGUUUAAAUGAUCAUGCACAUCAAUCAAAAGACUCUGGUCACAUAUUGGAACCGUUACAAAGUUCUGAAUUUAUUCACAAUGGCUGUGUGGAAGGGAAGCCUCAAAUAAAUGUACAGGACACACCGCAGAAUGGAAAUCCUGUUCCUUUGGCAGAGUCUGUGCCUCAUACCUCCCAGGAUGUAGGUAUAAAGAACCAAGAGACAAUUACACCCGAUAUGCCAGACAUUACUGCCUCACGCACAGCACUAGCCCAGCUAAUAAAUCAAAUGAAUCCAGAAGUAUUCAACAACCUGGUGAAGAUCUUCACCCAUGUCAACAAGAAUAUUGUCAAAUUCUAUAUUCACACGGAGCAAGACAAUUCAAUAUGUCAGGAAAUAAAGAAUUAUUUGCUAAAGCUCGGGAAUGUAGAGUGCAGCCCAGAGCAGAUUGUAAACUGCACUGCAGGAUCUGAUAAGCUGCUUAUAAUCAUUCAGAAUGAAGACAUUGCCAGCAGUAUUCAUAAGAUCCCAUCAUUGAUAACACUGAAGAGGCAGCCGUGUGUCAGUUUUGCAGGCGUUGACAGCUUGGACGAUUUGAAAAACCACACCUAUAAUGAACUAUUUGUGUCUGGAGGAUUUAUUGUGUCCGAUGAUACAGUGCUGAAUCCUGACAACAUUACUGAGGAUGUACUGAAAAAAUUCUUGAUGUUCCUGGAGCAAAUUGACAGUCCGGAUGGAAAAUGGCAAUGGAAGAUCCAUUGCAAAUUUCAGAAGAAACUGAAGGAAUUAGGGAGGUUAAACAAAGCUGCCCUGAAUAUAUUGACACUCCUAAACGCCUAUCAAAAGAAGCAUCUGGUGGAGAUCCUUGCUUAUCAUAAUUGCGAUUCUCAGACCAGACAAGCUCCGGAACUGGACUGUCUGGUCAGACUUCAGGCUCAGAACAUACAGCAGAGGCAUCUAAUAUUCCUGACAGAAAAGGAUAAAUCGUUGUUUACCAGUCAUGCUGAAAAUGGAAUUCUGGUGACAAGAGUGGAGGAGUUCAUGAAUAAUUUUACAAACCUUGUUGGUCACCAUAACUCCAGCAAUGAAGAGCAUUGCUUAGCACAGCUGGUAAACCAAGAGAACCAGAAAGUUCUACCCAAAAGGACGAUCACGCCACCACUGUGAUAGAAGAUGAAUUUUUCCAGUGCAUGUUG